UUAUCAGUUUGUCAAUCGUCUCCUUGGCCUAUCAGCAACCACAGCUGCAAUGGAGACGGUGGAAUGCCAAGCAGACCAACAGCAACCAGAAGGCAGCAUCCAUUUCCUGGUGAUGGCCCUUGUAGCGGCGUUGGUAUCGGCAUAUUUGAUGUGGUUCUUGGUGCUGACCCGGCGGCUGACGGGGCCAAGGGUGUGGCCCCUCUUCGGCAGCCUCCCGGGCCUCAUCUCCAACCGCUCCCGCCUUCACGACUGGAUCGCCGGCAACCUCCGCGCGACGGGAGCCGCUGCCACGUACCAGACGUGCGUUCUGCCGCUGCCGGGUGUGGCUCGGCGGCAGGGGCUGGUGACCGUCACGUGCAACCCGAGGAACCUGGAGCACGUGCUGCGCACUCGCUUCGACAACUACCCCAAGGGCCCCAUUUGGCAGUCCAACUUCCACGACCUCCUGGGCCGGGGCAUCUUCAACUCCGACGGCGAUACCUGGCUCCUCCAGCGCAAGACCGCCGCCCUCGAGUUCACCACCCGCACCCUCCGCCAGGCCAUGGCCCGCUGGGCCAACCGCGCCAUCAAAUCCCGCCUCUGGCGCAUCCUCGCCGACCAUUGCGAAGACGACCACCUCCAUCGCCGUCACAGCGUCGACCUCCAAGACCUCCUCCUCCGCCUCACCUUCGACAACAUCUGCGGCCUCACCUUCGGCAAGGACCCCGAGACGCUCUCCCCGGACCUUCCAGACAACCCCUUCGCCAAGGCCUUCGACGCCGCCACCGAGGCCACCCUCCAGCGCUUCCUCUACCCCGACUUUCUCUGGCGUCUUAAGAAACUCCUCGACCUCGGGAGCGAGCGUAGCCUCCGGAAGAGCCUCGAGGUGGUAGACCGCUACAUGACCGAGGCCAUCGCCGCGCGCAAGGAGAGCCCCUCCGACGACCUGCUCUCACGGUUCAUGAAGAAGAAGGAUGCUAACGGCAACGCCUUCCCCUCCUCCGUCCUCCAGUGGAUCGCCCUCAACUUCGUGCUCGCCGGCCGCGACACCUCCUCCGUCGCUCUCAGCUGGUUCUUCUGGACCGUAACCCAGCGGCCCGACGUGGAGAAGAAGGUGGUGGACGAGAUUGCGGCGGUGCUGCGCGAGACGCGGGGGCCGGACGUGGCGCGGUGGGUGGAGGAGCCGCUGGCUUUCGAUGAGCUGGAGCGCCUCGAAUACCUCAAGGCGGCGCUGGCGGAGACGCUGCGACUGUACCCGUCGGUGCCGCAGGACUCCAAGUACGUGGUGGCGGACGACGUGCUGCCGGACGGCACGGUGGUGCCGGCAGGGUCGACGGUCACCUACUCCAUCUACUCGGUGGGGAGGAUGGAGGAGAUAUGGGGGAAGGACUGCAUGGAGUUCCGGCCGGAGCGGUGGCUGACAGCAGAGGGGGGCCGGUUCGAGCAGGCUAAGGACGCGUACCGGUUCGUGGCGUUCAACGGAGGGCCGAGGACGUGCCUGGGGAAAGACCUGGCCUAUCUCCAAAUGAGGUCCAUAGCGUCAGCGAUUCUGCUCCGCCACCGGCUGGAGCUGGUCCCGGGCCACCGGGUGCAGCAGAAGAUGUCCCUCACCCUCUUCAUGCAGAACGGCCUCCAGGUGUACGUGCGCCAGAGGGAGCUGGACGACCAUGUCAACACCGACUCACCUCCGAGUCCUGCCCCUCAUGCGUCCACCGCGCCUGCCGCAGCUUAGAUUCUGCUGCAGCUGUCUUGUUUGAACAUUCUUUACACCAGAAUUGUUCCCUUCGCGUAUGGUCGAGAGUACCGGUGUUUGCCAUUUGUUCGGUUUCUCUUUUUCUUUGUUUUAUUUAUACUCUGAUGCUGCUGGUGGUGUGGUGCAUGCACAAGUGCGCUUUGGCUUGUGUCUAGUUCUCAGUUAUACAAAUGCAACGGAAAAUCAAACAUCGUGAUAACUUGUUGAUUACUAUGAUUA